AUGGCGAGGACGGGGGAUGCCGGCGUGGAAGCCUUACGGCGCCUGAAAGAAGUAGACCCGCCUUCGUUGCUUGUACCGAGCCCAAAGCUAUCCGAAACUGCUCGUGCUGCAUCGAAACACCUAUUCUCCUCCCUCAAACCCUUCUCCCCAAAAUCGCCACUGGACCAACUCCUCGUCAACGGCUACGAUGCUGAGCAGAUUUGGCAUCAAAUUGAUCUCCAAUCACAGCCGCUAUUGUCCACUCUUCGCCGCCGGUUGAAUCAGCUGGUCAAAAACCCUGAAGAAAUUGCGCAGCUGAAGGUUGCUAAAAAGGCGGAGCCAAAGGAGCAAGGCGAGUGGGGAGAAGAGAUUGACGGUUUUGAUGAGGAAUUGGAUGAAGCUGAUGAAGACGAGGAUGAUUUUGAAGGAACUGAAGGAGAAGAGGACGAGGACGAGGACGAGGAUGAUGAUGAAGAGAAAGGUGAAGGUGGUGGGAUUGGAGAUAAAUUUCUGAAAAUAGAUGAAUUGAAUGAUUAUUUACAGAAAGAGGAAGAUAAUUUCGAGAAGGGUGAGGAGGGAGAUCAAGACAGUGAAGAAGAUGAUGACCUUGAGAAGGCUGGUGAGUUUGAGAUUGAUGAAGAUGAGGAUGAGGAUGAUAAUGAUGAAGAAAAUGUAGAAGAUGUAGAAUCAGAAGCCGCAUAUGCAAGGUACGAUGACUUCUUUGGAGGUAAAAAAGAAAAGGGCUCAAAAAGAAAAGAACAAUUGCUUGAUAAUAAAAAAGAAAGGGACUCAAAAAGAAACGGACAAUUGCUUGAGAAUAAAAAAGAAAAGGGCUCAAAAGGAAAAGAACAUUUGCUUGAAAAAAUUGAAGAUUUUGAUGUUGAAGAUGACACGGAAUCUGACAAACAGAAGAUAAGGACUGCUUCUACCCAUGAAAAGCAGCUGGAAAAAAUUCAAUCAAACAUAAAGCUGAUGGAGAAAGCUAACAUAGAGCCAAAAAAUUGGACUAUGCUAGGGGAGGUAACUGCUGCAAAGAGACCUGUGAAUAGUGCUUUGGAAGUUGAUAUUGACUUUCAGCAUAACGUGAGACCUCCUCCUGUAAUCACUGAAGACAUUAAUUCUUCAAUUGAGGAAAUGGUCAAGAAAAGGAUUAUUGAGGGGAGAUUUGAUGAUAUCCAAAGAGCUCCUAAAUUGUCAUCGAAAGCGCCUCGGGCAGUUAAAGAACUGGAUGACAAUAAAAGCAAGCAGGGUCUUGCAGAGAUUUAUGAGCAAGAAUAUGUUCAGAAGAUUGACCCCACUUCUGCUCCAUUGUCAGCCAACGAUAAACUAAAAAAUGAGGCAAGCAUUCUCUUUAAGAAGAUCUGUCUGAAACUGGACGCCCUUUCUCAUUUCAACUUUGCUCCAAAACCUAUUAUAGAGGACAUGUCUUUUCAAACAAAUGUACCUGCUCUGGCAAUGGAAGAGAUUGCUCCUGCGGCUGUUUCAGAUGCUGCUAUGCUAGCCCCUGAGGAGGUUUUUGAUGGUAAGGGUGAUGUUAAAGAAGAAGCAGAACUCACACAGGCAGAAAGGAAAAGGAGGAGAUCUAAUAAGAAAAGAAAAUUUAAAGCUGAGGCAGUAAAAAGGUCGGAAAAGAAGUUAAAGUCAGAAAAGAAGCCAGAUAAUGCAAUUUCUGGACAAGUUAACGGUUAA